AUGGGGAAUUGCUUGUUCGGGGGCUUGAGACGCGGAGAGGCAAGCGAGAUAAUCCAAGUUAUGACUUCAAAUGGUGGGAUAAUGGAGUUUCAGGGUCCUAUAACUGUUGGGUUUAUACUUGAAGAGUUCCCUUGUCAUGCAAUCUUCAAAAGUGAUGAUCUUUUUUGGAAGCCUUUGUCAAACCAUGAAGAGCUUCAUCCGGGUGUUUCGUACAUGCUUCUUCCUCUUCAUACGAGUAAUCAAACGUUUGAUGUUAAAGUCGGGCAUGUAAGAUCGAAGAGUAUACCGAAUUGUACAGCAAUAGGAGGGAAUGCCGCUUAUAGAAUGUCGUUUGAUAGUAGGAGUAAUCAGAGUAAUGUUCUUAAGAGAUCGAAUACCGAUGUGUUUUCGAGGUAUAAUAGAAGAGGAACAAGGGAAGGUGUUUGGAAAGUGAAGCUUGUGAUUAGUCCUGUGCAGUUAGUUGAGAUAUUGUCACAAGAAACGCGAACUGAAGAGUUGAUCGAAAGUGUUCGAACUGUUGCUAAAUGUGGGUGCAGUGGAACUGGUUCUACAGGGUACUCGGAUCAAUGGAGUGUUGCUAGUAGUAGGGCUUCGUCUAAAGGUGUUCUUGUACAUUCGGCUUCUCCAAAUCCCUUCUUAAUGGAAGCCAUUUCUGUUAAGUCACUUUCAUUACCAUAUAAGAAUUUAUUCCCAGUUUAA